AUAUUCUUCCACUAUCACUUUGAAAAUCUCUCUAAGGAGUGGAGCUACCAUUCACUAUCUGAUUUUGAUAUUGAUACUAAUUAUCGCGCGGAUAUUCCCUACGUUCUCGGUAUCCUUAACGACUACGCACUUAUGCGCAACACAAACAGCUUCUCCUCUGCUGCUGAUUCUGAAGUCGGCCGGUUAUCAAUUGAUGAAAGUAGUUUAUUACUAGCACUCGGUUAG